AUGGAUAUUAUCGGCGAUAAUACCAACAAAUUUGUUUACAAGACACGAGUGGUGUUCAAAAUCAUGGACUUUGAAAAACAAUUGGACACCAAUUGGAUUGAUAUUAUAUCUAUAAAAAGUGAUAAGUUUAUCAUUGGAUCAGAUGAAUGGUAUUGUGGGGUUAAACUCAAUGGUGAAAAGUUUGGUCUGUUUUUAUAUUUGUCUAGAAGUAGUGAACUACCCAUUCAAACACAAUAUGAUAUAUUCAUUAUUUAUAAUAAUAAUAAAUUAUUUGCCAAAACAAAGAUUGACCAAACAUUUGAUGAUAUAUUAAAUGGUUGGGGUUUGUCAUCGUUUAUCACAAAACAACUAUUGAUAGACAAUAAAGAUAUACUAUUGACGGAUAACACAUUGACUAUUGGUUUUGAUAUAACUGUUUACAAGAGGAAUAAUUGUCAUCAGAAUUGUGGCGCAAAAUGUCAUCGUUUCGCACAAUUGUUUGGUAUCGAAGAGUUGGCCGAUUGUCGGCUGAUUGUCGGCAAAGACCUGAAAGUGAUUUUUGUCUCUAAACUGAUUCUCAGUUUGCAUUCAGAGGUCUUCGAAAAGAUGUUUACCACCGAUUGCAUUGAGAAGACAACCAACGAAGUGGUCAUCACUGACAUUGAUAGCAAUGUUUUCGAACAGUUCUUGAAUUAUCUCUACACAGGAAAGUGUGAUAAAUUGGAUGAAAUGACUGAAGACUUGCUAUACGUUGCCAAUAAAUAUAUGGUAUCGUCGCUGAAGACUAUUUGUUUGAAUUUGAUUUAUUUGCAAAUCAAUGGUAGAAAUGCUUUACAAACACUGAAACUGUUUCAAGACUUUGGCGCCGAUAAAGAACUGAUGAAAAAAGUUAGCGAAUCUAUUGCCGAAAAUAUUACUUCAGUUGUCAAACAAGAGUUUACCAAACAUUAUGCCAUCGAUGGACAAAAUAUAUCGCAAAUUGUCAAACAUUUAGGAAAUCAAUUGAUCAAACCUAAGACUAAACUAAUGUUUUAUACAUAUAAGUAA